CCCAAACUCGUGACUUUUAUUCCCGUGACUCUUCGUGCCUUUCUAGGUACUACCUCUCUACCUUAGCCCAAAGGCACGUGCGUAGAAUGAUGGAAGUCAAGUGCUGCGCCUCACAUCUUCAACCCCACCAUCGAGCAUGAGGCUGGAGCACAGUCGCAAGGUACCGUCAAGCCUCAGGAGCCACAAGGUCCAUUCGGAGAGUGGAAGUGUGAGGUGGACGUCAGUCGCUCCCGUCAGCUAACUUCACAUUCUUCGAAACCGAUCGCUCGGUCAGGUUUAUUUUUCAAGAUGCCGGCCUACAAUUCCAUGUUCAAUGCCGACCCGAACGUCCCUCGCACAAUAGGCAACUUUCCGCUGCUGCCCCUGCGCACAAAGACCCGCGGCCCGGCCUAUACUCUUCCCUUCCCCAACCCGCCUCUGCCCGCCAAUGAGUCUCCCGACCCAGACAGCGAAAGCUACGACAUCCUCGACGAGGUCCUCGCCCUAUUCCGCGCCAACACCUUCUUCCGCAACUUUGAGCUUCAGGGCCCCGCUGACCGCCUUCUGGUCUACGGCAUCUGGUUCGUCAGCGACUGUCUGACCAAGAUCAAGCCUAGCGCUGGCGUGCGUGACGCUUCCAAGGAUGUCAUGAACGUGGCCCUCGAUACCAACUUCGCCAUCCCCGGCGACCCGGCAUGGCCCUUAAACCAGAUGUACGAACCCCCGCGCGAUAGACAAGACGCCGAGCAACUACGCCAGUACAUGUCCCAGGUCCGCCAAGAGCUGGCAGUCCGGCUACUAGCACGUGUGUACGAAGAAGGCGGCGAUGGAAAGCCGAGCAAAUGGUGGCUGAGCUUCACUAAGAGAAAGUUCAUGGGCAAGGCGUUGUGAUGCGGGUCGUCGAAGAACAAGAAUCGCCAGAGACAAGGGAAUACCUUGAUUGGAAAAAAUGUUUGAGCGCAUAGGCCAGAUCAAUAUGAUGAUGCCAAUUACUCCAAUUACAGCUUGAUAAGCUUCAAUA